AUGGUGAAGAGAAAGCUCGGAGCCUUGGAAAAGGUCGAGGCUGACUUGCCCAAUCUGCAGCACAAGAUCAAGAAGGAUCCCAAAUCUUAUAUUGAAGAUUUCCGUGCCCAACACUACCAAUAUGAAUCCCAUCGUGAAAUUUUCAUGGCAGCGCCCUCGUCCGCUACGGAUACUGGUCUGAUCUCCCUCAGGGAUCUUAUUGACUUCAUUUCCCAUGUGGCCGACUGCUACCCCGGGAUCUGUAAGGAUUUCCCGCAACAGCUUAUCGAUAUGCUUAUGGAACACCACCUGGUGUUGGAGACCGAAUUGCGUGAGAAGCUGGUUGGAAGUCUGGUGCUUCUGAAAAAGAAAGAGCUUCUGGACUCAGCGACCCUGUUGCACACUCUCUUCCCCAUCCUUAUCGCUACGCCUAGCAAGACUUUGCGCGCUCUACUGUUCCAAAAGAUCCUCUCGGAGCUCCGAACGUCAAAUGCAAAGACGACUAACCACAAGCUGAACCGAACUAUGCAGACUGUUCUCUUCAACUUGGUUACGUCGGAUCGCACAUCAGCUAAAGGCCUGUGGGCAAUCAAAAUCACCAGAGAGCUAUGGAAGCGCCAAAUCUGGACCGAGGCUAAGGCUGUCGAGGUCAUGAAGGAGGCAGCCUUGUCCCAAAACGAGAAGGUUAUCGUCGGUGGAGUCCGCUUCUUCCUUGGUGGCGAUAAGGAGCGCGAAGAAUUGGAGGAUGAGGACAGUGACGAAGAAGUCAACGUUGCUCAAGUUAGGCACCAACUUACCAUCAACAAGAAGACCAGGAAGAAGGCUCGUGUUGCUGAGAGGGUUAUCAAGUCCGCCAGGAGCAAGGAGCGCAAGAAGGGCACUAGUACUUCUCUUAACUUCUCAGCGCUUCACUUGCUCCACGAUCCUCAGGGUUUCGCAGAGAACAUGUUCUACAAGCAUCUGCAGAACGGCAAGUCUAACUUGAAGUUGGAGCAAAAGCUUCUAGUGCUCCAGCUGGUCUCCCGUCUGGUUGGCUUGCACAAGUUGCACAUUAUGCCCCUCUAUUCUUACUUCCAAAAGUUCCUUACGCCCCGCCAACCCUCCGUGACUUCAUUCCUGGCGUCUCUGGCUCAAGCCUCCCACGACUUGGUGCCGCCUGAUGUUCUCGAGCCUCUGGUCCAAAAGAUCGCAAAUGAGUUCGUCUCCGAAGCCUCCGCAGGUGAGGUUGCUACAGCUGGUCUCAACGCCAUUCGUGAAAUCUGUGUCAGGCAGCCUCUGGCUAUUGAAGAGACCCUGUUGCAAGAUCUUGUCAUGUACAAGAAGAGUAAGGACAAGGGUGUCAUGAUGGCCUCCAAGGGACUUCUCAGUCUGUACCGUGAUGUUGGUGCGCAGAUGCUCAAGAAGCGUGACCGUGGCAAGGAGGCCGCAAUGAGUCUGCGUGCUGGCGAAAGACAAGAGAGACGUUAUGGUGAACAAGCUGUUGGCGAAAUCCAAGGCUUGGAACUCCUGGCCAAGUGGAAGGACGAGGAGCGCCGCAAGAGGAACAUCGAGAAGGGUCUCCCAUCAGAUGCCGAAGAAGAUGAAGAGGAUGACGAGGAAGCUGACUGGGCAGCGUGGAACGUCGAGGAAGACGAAGACAGCGAUGUCGAUGGUGAAUGGAUUACUGUGGAGGACGAUGUUGACAUCGUGCUGAGCGAUUCCGAGGAUGAAGACAAGCCUGCCUCAAAGAAGGCCAAACAGGACGAAGAUGCCAAGAAGGACGCUGAAAAGGAAGACGCCCCUCAAAAGGUCAUUGACUUCAUGAAACUGGCUACCACCCGCAUCCUCACGCCUGCCGAUCUCGCCAAACUGACUGAGCUUCGCGCUCAAGCAGCAGCCGAGGCUGUUCUUCCCGGGAACAAGGGCCGUGUCGCUGCUCCCUGGACUUCCCGCCACACUGAUGACCCAUUGACCGCUGAGGAGAUCGAGGGUCUUGCUGCCUUGUCUGCCGCCAAGGCUACUCGUGAGGAGCGUAUCGCCCACGCCAGGGAAGGCAAGACCGACCGCUCCGAGCACAUGAGCAAGGAAGCUCGCCGCAAGGAACGCAAGGAGGAGCAAGGCAAGAGUACUACCAACAAGGAGAAGGCUCGCAAGAAGAACUUCCUUAUGACGCUGGGUAAGGCACGCAGCAAGAACAAGAGGAGUUUGGUUGAGACUCGUGCAGUGCUCAAAGCCCACCACGAUCGAGCCAAGAGAGGCGGAAAGAGAGGAAAUGUUGGCCAGUGA